AUGGAUAUUCCGAAGACGUUCAAGCAAGCCAUUUUCAAGGAAAAAGGCGCCCCAUUGGUCCUCGAAGAGGUGCCAAUGACACCUCCGGGUAAUGGGGAGGUGUUGGUAAAGGUGCAGGCCUGUGGUGUAUGUCAUUCUGAUGUAUACGUACAGAACGACGGUCUAGGCGCUGGCCUCCCCCGAGUGCCAGGGCACGAAAUCAUCGGGCACGUGGCCGCAAUUGGUGAAGGAGUGACACAGUGGAAAGUUGGUGAUAGGAUUGGAGGAGCGUGGCAUGGCGGUCAUGACGAUGCUGAGUACUGUCUGCUCCGUGCUGAAGCUGGUGUGCGAGUUCCAGCAGAUGUCGACGCAGCAGUAUACGCCCCCAUUCUAUGUGCUGGAGUAACGGUUUUCAACUCGAUGCGCAACAUGAAGCUGAUGCCCGGCUCAACAGUCGCUAUCCAGGGACUCGGUGGCUUGGGCCAUCUAGCUAUUCAAUAUGCAAACAAAUUCGGAUUUCGUGUUGUUGCCUUGUCUAGAGGCUCUGAUAAGGAGAAGUUUGCAAAAGAGCUAGGAGCCCACAUAUAUAUCGAUGGCAGCAAAGGUGAUAUUGGCGAGCAGUUGCAGGCAAUUGGAGGCGCAGAUAUGAUCGUCUCGACCGCACCGAGUAGAAGUGCUGUCGAGCCACUUCUCAAGGGAUUGGGAAUGUUGGGCAAACUUCUGGUCCUCUCCAUCCCCGGGGAUAUCACCGUUAACACCGGUCUAAUGUGUUGGCCCAGUGGCCACGCCACGGACUCCGAAGAUGCCAUCGAAUUCACAAAACUUGAGAAUAUCAAUUGCAUGGUGGAAAAAUUCCCACUUGCAAAGGUCCAGGAAGCAUAUGAUGCGAUGGUCAAAGGAACAGUUCGAUUCAGGGCUGUGAUCACUAUGGAGUGA